AUGUCUCGGCCUGUUGUCCAUCGUCCGGAGACACCGACCCUGCCGCCAGCACUUCCUCCCAGCGUCUUACCUGAAUAUGCUGACGCACCGUCCGAUUCCUCAGCCUCGACACCAGAGUGCCCGUGCUGUGCGCCGUCCCCAUUGCCAGACCUAGAGGCUCUCGGCGAAGCUAUCCAAGAAUGCAGACUCGACACACUAGAAGGCCAGUUCGAGGGUUCUGUGAGCUUUCAACCGACAACUGAAUUCAGUACCCAAGCUGUCGCAGUUGUCCCUCACGACCAACAGGCCAAUGGCCACUGGUUGCUAGUCAACUUACUCUGUCAUCGGGUAUUCGAUAAAUGUGGAGAUCGUUCUAGGAUCCGAAAUUUCAGCGUGUGCUAUUAUGGGAAGUUUGGCCCUGGUGACCUCCUGAUGGCCGUCUCGCGAAAGAUUACCUGGGAUGGACCGACCUGGCUCGAGGCCACAGUCACUCGAGGCGGCAUACCGGUGGCCACCGCAACCGCUUUGUACGAUGAGAUUCACUCAGACACUAUGGACGACGCGCGGGUUCAGGAAGCCAACUAA